UGUCCAACGGGAUCCUACCAAAGCUUAAAAUAUUUCGAAGAAAAGGGAUAUUACGAUCUUUAUUUUGUCUACUUCCCUAUCUGGACAAACGGUUUCUUCGUCUUCUACGUGUGAACCGAUCUUUGGCGAGACGUAUAAUCGUUGCGAUGUCAUCUACUAGUCCGCCCGCGGAUCAAGCAAAAUUCUCAAACAUUAAUGAUGAUAACAAUAAUGACAAUCUGUCGGCCUCCGCGCACGGCAAUGUUACUUCCGCAAAAAGCGAUAUCGGACUCAAAUGUCGUUCUGCGCAAACUGUUGGAUGAAGAAUCGGAGACACACCGAGUACAUUUGCAAAAUAUUAUCGAGCAAAUGAAGAAAAAACUGCAAUGUCGAGUGAUUGAGAGCGCAAAAUUGACUCGUAAAAUACAGGAAGAACGACUACGAACGGAUGAAUUAAUUAAAAAAAAGUGUAAUGAAAUGUUUUUGUUACAAAUGGAAAGAAUAAAGAACGAAAUGACAAAUUCUUCCUACAAAAGAUUUCUCGACGGUAAUGCAUUUGACAAACAGGACGAUGCAAAUGAGAAUGUUGCGUCUCAUCUUUUGAUAUCACAUCACACAAUAAUCACAAUAAUAAUGGUGAUAUCAAUAACAACGAUGUAUAUGCUGUUAUUUUAAAUGAUUUAAUUUUAAACAACCAACAAAUUUUUGCAGUAUGUCAAAUGUCUACGCAUGGUAAUGUUCGCGUUAAAUUAAAUAAAUGUUUCUCUAAGUAAAAGA